AUGACAAGAUCGGGGCGAUGUUAUGCCCCUGAAGGUAUUGCACGAAUCGUACCGAAUAAGGAAGUUAACCAAAAGAAAGUUGUGACAGAAGCUGAAAUAGAGGAUUUUUGGAGGAAAAUACCAACAAAAGAAUAUUCUGUUGUUGAGCAGUUGAAGAAGACUCCCGCCCAAAUUUCCUUGAUGUCAUUAUUGAUGAGUUCUGAAACUCACAGGAGCGCUUUGGUGAAAGUUCUAAGUGAAGCUUAUGUUCCGGCCAAUAUCACAAGUGAGAAUCUUUCAGCCAUGGUAGGGCAGGUUUUGGAAGCAAACAAAGUCUGUUUUCACGAAGAGGAAUUACCAUCUGAAGUCAUUGGCGAAAUUGAUUUGCCACUACAAAUUGGACCCGAGGAGUUCGUGGUAGAAUUCCAAGUAUUGGACAUACCUGCUAGUUACAAUUUAUUGCUUGGGAGGCCUUGGAUCCAUAUGGCUGGUGCGGUCCCUUCUACCCUGCACCAAAAUUUGAAAUUUGUUUGGAACCACCACGAGAUUAUUGUUCAUGGAGAAGGUAGUAAUUCCAUGUAUCCUGAGAAUUCAAUCCCUGUUGUUGAAAGUAUGGAAGAACUGGAUGGGUCUGUGUUCCAUACUAAAGAGAUUAUAUGUGUUCAUCAAACCGAAAGGGUAAAGUUACCACGUGUGCUUGUGAUGGUGGCUUGGGAAAUGUUGAAGAAUGGUUUCAUGCCUGGUCGAGGACUUGGAGUGAACUUAGGUGGAAUAGUGGAACCAAUUCAAUUGUCGGGCCAGAAAUACACCUUUGGUUUGGGAUACAAGCCUACUCCUGAAGAAGUCUCAUUGGCCGAUCUCAAAAGGAAAAGUGACAUUUCAUUGCCCCAUCCCAUUCCGCACUUGAAUCAGUCAUUUUCCAAGGCAUAUAUUAUAAAGGAAUCAGAGGAAGACGCUGAAAACACCCUCGUGGAAGGACUCAAAAACUUAUUUAUAGAAGAAGCGGAAUGCAACAUGAUCUUGGAGGAUUGUACCGAGAUUUCGACCAUAUGGGAUGUGGAGCCUGGAGAUGCUUUGAACAAUUGGACUUAUAACCCAUCCCCGUUUCCUCGAAAAUCUUGCGAGCAAAUUAAUGAAUCUGCCAAUACCGAGAAUGUGACAUGUAAUGAAAUGAGCAAACAAAUCUCAAAUACUGAGCAAUCUUUUGCGGAAUAUGAAGAAGAGGUGCAACCUGAAGAGUUGACUGAAGAUUUUGAACAUUUUGAGAAUAAAAUAAAGCCAAAUUUGGAUGAAACUGAGACGUAUGCAUGGUCUUAUGAUGAUAUGCCGGGUCUAAGCACAAACAUUGUUUCACAUAAGUUGCCAACUGAUCCAUCUUGUCCCCCAGUCAAGCAAAAGCCAAGGAAGAUCAAGCCUGAUCUGAGUUUAAAAGUUAAGGAAGAAGUUUCUAAGCAAAUCGACGCCAACGUCAUCCGAGUCACAAAGUAUCCUACAUGGUUAGCUAAUAUAGUGCCAGUACCAAAGAAAGAUGGAAAAAUCAGAGUAUGUGUAGACUAUCGAGACCUCAACAAGGCCAGUCCGAAAGAUGAUUUUCCACUUCCAAACAUUCACAUACUUAUUGAUAAUUGUGCAAAGCAUGAGUUGCAGUCAUUUGUUGAUUGCUUUGCAGGCUACCAUCAGAUUCUAAUGGAUGAAGAAGACGCUGAUAAAACGGCAUUCAUCACACCUUGGGGAGUGUAUUGUUAUCGAGUAAUGCCUUUCGGACUCAAGAAUGCAGGAGCAACAUACAUGAGAGCUAUGACUACCAUUUUUCAUGACAUGAUCCAUAAGGAGAUUGAAGUCUAUGUAGAUGACAUCAUUAUCAAGUCACAAAAGAGCUCCAAUCACCUCACAGAUUUGAAGAAGUUCUUUGAUAGGUUGAGGCGGUAUAAUCUGAAAUUAAAUCCUGCAAAGUGUGCAUUUGGUGUCCCUGCUGGAAAGUUGUUGGGUUUCAUUGUGAGUAGGAAGGGCAUAGAAUUGGAUCCUUCAAAAAUAAAGGCUAUUCAAGACUUGCCCCCUCCAAAGAGUCGAAAGGAUGUAAUGAGUUUUCUUGGUCGACUAAAUUACAUUAGUCGAUUCAUUGCACAGUCGACUAUAAUUUGUGAACCAAUCUUCAAGUUGUUGAGGAAAGACGCUGGCAUUAAAUGGACUGAAGAUUGUCAACAAGCUUUUGACAGAAUCAAGGAGUACUUGUCUAGUCCGCCCGUCUUGGUGCCUCCAAAACCGGGGAGACCAUUGCUACUAUAUAUGUCAGUAUCGGACAAUGCAUUUGGAUGUGUGUUAGGACAACAUGAUGAAACUGGGAGGAAAGAACAGGCUAUAUACUACUUGAGCAAGAAAUUCACGCCUUAUGAAGCCCGGUAUACUUUAUUGGAAUGCACUUGUUGUGCCUUGACUUGGGUUGCACAAAAGUUAAGACAUUACUUAUGCGCGUAUACCACUUUUCUCAUCUCAAGGAUGGAUCCACUCAAAUACAUAUUUCAGAAGCCUAUGCCAACGGGGAAGUUGGCAAAAUGGCAAAUUUUACUAAGUGAAUUCGAUAUUAUUUAUGUCACUCAGAAGGCCAUCAAGGGACAGGCGCUUGCUGAUCAUCUUGCUGAAAACCCUGUGGAUGAAGAGUACGAGCCUCUUAAAACUUAUUUCCCUGAUGAAGAGGUGUUACUUAUUGGAGAGGAUAUUUUAGAAGAAUAUCAUGGGUGGAGGAUGUUCUUUGAUGCGAAAUUCAAGUUUCUAUGCACUAACAAUAUGGCGGAGUAUGAAGCUUGUAUUCUUGGACUCAAAAUGGCUGUUGAUAUGAAUAUACAAGAAUUGUUGGUUAUAGGUGACUCAGACUUAUUGAUUCACCAGGUACAAGGCGAAUGGAGCACCAAGAAUGUGAAGAUACUCCCCUAUUUGCAAUGUGUGAAGGAAAUAUGCAAGAAAUUUAUCAAGAUAGAAUUCAGGCAUAUUCCUAGAGCUCAAAAUGAAUUCGCAGAUGCCUUGGCAACCAUGUCUUCUAUGAUUCAACAUCCAGACAAGAAUUAUAUAGAUCCAAUCAAAAUCAAUGUGCAGGAUCAACCGGCCUAUUGUUUCCAUGUGGAUGAAGAAAUAGAUGGAGAACCAUGGUACUAUGAUAUUGUGAGGUAUCUCAAAGAAGGAGAUUAUCCAGAAGGCAUAAGCAAUAUUCAAAAAAGAACACUGCGGAGGCUUGCAAAUCACUUUUUCUUAAGUGGAGAAAUCCUUUAUAGGAGGACUCCAGAUUUAGGUUUAUUAAGGUGUGUCGACUCCCAAGAGGCGAGCAAGUUGAUUGAAGAAAUACAUGGGGGUACUUGCGGGCCACACAUGAAUGGUUUUACUUUGGCAAAGAAGAUUGUGCGGGCCGGAUAUUUCUGGAUGACUAUGGAAACAGACUGCAUUCGCUUUGUGAGGAAAUCCUGGGGCAUGGAUGUCAUCGGUCCUAUCGAACCAGCCGCAUCAAAUGGACACAGGUUCAUUUUGGUAGCUAUCGAUUACUUCACAAAAUGGGUAGAAGCAUCCUCACAUAAGUCUGUGACAAAAAAAGUGGUGACAGAUUUUGUUCGCAAUAACAUAGUUUGUAGAUUUGGCAUCCCCCAUUCGAUUAUAAUAGAUAAUGGAGCUAACCUCAAUAGAGGUUUGAUGCAUGAGAUAUGUGAUAAGUUCAAAAUCAUUCACCGCAAUUCUACUCCUUACCGACCACAGAUGAAUGGAGCAGUUGAGGCUGCCAACAAGAAUAUCAAAAGACUUUUGGUUUAUGGAACAGAAGUAGUAUUACCAAUGGAAGUUGAGAUACCAUCCCUGAGGAUAAUCCAAGAAGAUGAGUUGAGUGAUGCCAAAUGGAUACAAAGCCGAUAUGAACAAUUGAUGCUCAUUGAUGAAAAGAGAAUGAAUGCAGUUUGUCACGGACAACUUUAUCAACAUAGGAUGGCCAAAGCUUUCAAUAAAAAGGUAAGACUGAGACAGUUCAAGCCGGGACAAUUGGUGUUAAAACGGAUAUUCCCGCACCAAGAAGAAGCUAAGGGGAAGUUUGCGCCUAAUUGGCAUGGGCCUUAUGUGGUUCACAGAGUGUUGACUGGAGGAGCGGUGAUUCUAGCAGAAAUGGACGGAAAGAUAUGGCCGAAAGCCAUCAAUUCAGAUGCGAUUAAGAAAUACUAUGUCUAUGAGCUUUUAUAUUGUUUUCAUGUAAUAUUUUAUGUAAUAUUGAAGAACUACGUUCCGCCCUGA